UUAAGCAAGUGACUACGUCACCGAGCCUUAUUGUAUGCAAUUCAAAUGACACUGACAUUUAUUCAACGGAAGAGAGAGUGAAGACUAUGGAAGUUGUGAAAAUUGUCGUGCUUUUAGCUUGCCAUAAUGUUCUUUUAUCAGAAGCCAUUGUGCUUCCAAAUUUCUAUCCUUUUGGUGUGAUCGAGGGAGACCAGCUCGUUCCGACAAAUGACGAUGGGAGCUCUGGGACGAUACCGAUAUCGAUUCCGUUUCCUUUCUUCGACAAGAAUCAAAAUUCGCUUUUUGUCAACACCAAUGGGGUGAUUUCUUUUCUGGUGGAAGUUUCACAGUACACCCCGGAUUCAUUUCCUCUGGGAAACGAUCGUCGACUCGUGGCGCCAUUUUGGGCUGAUGUUGAUACAAUAGCUGGAGGACAAGUGUUCUACCGAGAGACCACAGAUUCGCAACAGCUUGAACAAGCAACUACUGAGGUUGCAGCCACCUUUGUAGAUCACAGAAAGUUCAGAGCCACCUGGCUUUUCGUGGCGACGUGGUAUAAAGUCGCUUUCUUUGGUGCUAGAAAUUACACAUAUAAGAGAAACACUUUCCAGGCAGUUUUGAUAACAAACGGGCGGCACUCUUUUGUAAUCUACAAUUACGACAAUAUCACUUGGACUACUGGCACAGCAAGCUCAGGAGACGAGACCGGGCUUGGAGGUUUCCAGGCACAAGCAGGCUUCAAUGCUGGUGACGGGAAACGCUUUUACAAUAUCCCAGGGUCUGGCACUCAUGAUGUUAUUAAUCUUUCUAACAAGUCCAACGUAGCGAGACCCGGUCGAUGGAUAUUCCGUAUUGAUAGUGCAAAGAUCGAGGAAGGUGGUUGCAACACGAAAGGAUCCAUUGUUAUUUCACCGGGCUACGCAAUCAUGCUUGGCGGUGACAACCUUUUCGUGUCCGGACCCUGCUACAAGCCAUCAGAUCACAUCAUAUGUGAAUUUUCUGGCGGCAAAGCAACCAACGGAAGUUAUAUUAGUCCGAUUCAGGCAUCUUGCACUGUGCCCAUGCUUUAUUUGAGUGGCAGGUUGGUAAUGAAAAUGUCAGUAAAUGGAGGAAGGAGUUUCGAUUAUCAAGGCAUCAUCACCAUUGUUAACAUUGUCAAAUUCAAGCCGCGUGUCGUUAGGCAUAUGGCCGCGAUGUGGUUCGAACAAAGUCAAGUCCGGAUUACAUGGGAUCCAGCCUACCUCGGAGGCGAGAAUCAGAAAGUAACCGUUCAACUGGCUCGUUUUUCCAUGAAGGGCAACGGACAAGUGGUUUUUCACAGCACAUUCAAUCUAGUGGCAGGGCAGGAAAACGAUGGAACCAGUCAGUUCGUUGUGCUAAAAGGGGAAGGUCAAGGAGCUAUAGUUGGAGACGAUCGUUUUGUCACACUGGUUCUAGUAAAAAGGAUUGCCAGCGACUUCAGCAAUCCCCCGGCCGAGUGGAUCUGGAGCGAUCUAUUCCAUUGGUUGAGCUACGAGAUGGCUGAGGAGAGAUGUGUGCACUGGUAUAACGAGCAGCCUGAUCCAAAGAUAUACACAGAUGAUACCUCUCUCCUUUCUUGCCCGCAAACGUUUCUUCAAGCAAUGGCCGACCGUGGUCGAUUUAUGCCAGACGAAUUAUGUGAUCCACGUGCUAGGCAACAGUGUGCUGUAUACCAUAAGGAGGCAACGCAUUGCUUUCGAACAAACAAUCCGAGUGAACAAGGUGCCGGGCAGCAGUGUUGCUAUAAUGAACAAGGAAACUUGAUGAUUGGUCCAAAAAAUGGAGGAUCCCUGGAUCGCGUUCAUAUUAGGGCUGGAGUGCCAGUUUUCUCUCAUUUCUUCCACGACCUCAUGCCUUAUUCAGACUGCUGUCUGUUCUCUGAGAACUGUGGAAAAUACUUUGAGAAGAGUCCUUCGGAUAACGGCAUUAAUUACGAGCCUCCGCGGCCAGCCACUGGAAUCGGCGAUCCUCACAUGAUUACCUUUGACGGAGUCGAAUUCGCAUUUAAUGGUUAUGGCGAGUAUCAAAUUCUCCAGGUAGCUCCUUCUGGGUUCAAGCUACAGGGAAGAAUGCGGCCUCUAAUCAAUAGUGACGGAGAAAUGACUCGUGGCACAGUUUACAAGGCAUUUGCGAUGAAGGAAAAUGGCUCGGACAUUAUACAGGUCCACAUCAACGGUCGUAGUGAAGUUGAUGUUUUGGUGAAUGGAGCUGUGAUGGAACUUGAUCAGCGACUGAUGGUGGACUUUAAUGGCGUAACAGUUUUAAAAUACAUCAACUCCUAUAAAUAUUCCAUCAUAUUUAACUCUGGGGUAUCAGUUACGAUCGAGAAAGCCGAUGACCUUUUACAAAUGAUGCUACUGGUACCACAGAUGUAUAAAGGAAACACAAGUGGCCUUCUGGGAUUCUGGGACGGGGACCAAGCAAAAGAGUUCCUGCUCCCUGACGGAACCUUCCUUGACACCAAUUCAACCCAGUCUCGAAUUCACUACGAAUUUGGACAAAAAUGGGCUACGACUGAAGAGGACUCAUUAUUCACAUACGAUUAUGGCGAAAAUCAUACGUCUUAUGUCGAUAAAGGGUACACACCGAUAUUUUUCGAUCAGGAUUUGGUGUUUGAUGACGUAACCCUCGGUCAGCAGGCUCGAAAUGUUUGCGGUGAUAGCAGGCAAUGUCUGUUUGACAUUUACACCACUGGAAAGAUCAGCCUUGGGGUGAAUUCUAAGAAGGCCUUGGAGUCGUUUAUUGCUGUCGUAAAUGAAAUGGAUACCCCAAGCUGCGUACCAAUUGAGAAAGUACUUCACCAUGGUUCAAUACAAAGAAACGAUUAUCAAGAUGGAGCCGUGUUAUUCAGGUUCUAUUGUGACACAGGUUUCAGUCUCGAAGGCCCUACAGUUAUUCACUGUAACCAAGGACGAUGGAAUGGUUCUAAACCAAGCUGUGAACCUUCAGGUAUGAAGGGGAAAUGGAAACUGUGGCAUGUCUUCGCCUGUGCAGUUGCAGGGAACGUAUUUUUUUUAGCGGUCAUUGUGUUCUUCCGUUAUAUUAAACUUAGAUUCUGUAACAAUUCUGUCACAAGUCUAUCAUAAAAUUACAAGAAGCUUCACAAAAUGAACAGAAGAUGAAGGAUCUCGUCACUUGCAACAACACGGUUUGUGCAUCAAGCAGUGACCUGAAAUCAACUGGACAAAAAGCUUGGCUUCAUUAUAAGAUCAAAGCCGACGAUUUUGGCAGGUCAGCACAGAAAUGGAAACAAUGAAGAACGAUGCUGCAAUUAGGGCUGGGAGCUCCCUGAACGAGAUCAGUUGUUCGUCUUUUCUUUAUAACAAAAUACACUAUUGAACGUUGUGCACGUAAAGGGUCAAGGAUACUCUAAUCAUGAUGACCCAUUACAAAGAUGUCUGCUGGCUUUUCCAACCCUUUCCCAAUCUGUCACGUCUACUUACUGAAUUUUAGUUUAACAUCGGCCCCUAUCCAUAGCGUGAAUUGGCCAGUAGGCCUUUUGCAGUUAGAGAUCACGCGCUUAGAUA